GGAACGAUUCACGACACGUGAUUGACAAUGCUUUCUUCCACAAUACGCGCUGUGCCCGCUGGCCGGCCUCUGGCACGGUUGACCACAGUCCGAUACGCCUCGCACGGCUCGCACUAUAACGAACCUACUGGUCUGCUCUUUGGCGAAAAGCCGCCACCGCCAGGUUUCCAACGCAUCAAGCAACCUUGGGAGAACGUCUGGUACUACGGGAUGUACGGGACCAUGCUCGUGGGUGGUGUGCUGAUGUAUUUCAAACCCGAUACAAGUAUUCAAACAUGGGCACUCAAGGAGGCGAAACUUAGAAUGGAGGAGCGCGGAGAGAAGUACCAGUACGAGCAGUCGCCGUCUACUAGCCAAUGAAGGAGAUACAGUUGAAUGCAUGCUAUCAUCAAGUACAAAACUUGGUUGAUAGGUGUGAGCGCGU